CAUGUAGUUUCAGUUUAGAAUUAGAACAGAAUAUGAGAAGUGAAUCCUUCCAGUGUGUAGCCUCUAAGGAGGAAACAGUGGGAGAGAACCAUGUAUUUCUGAGUUUGGAAUCAGGCUGAGCAGUCAAAAUGUUAAGAUCUUCCAGAAGCAGGGAGAUUACUUGACUUCAAAAAACUUUGCCUCAUUUGCUAUUAGUGCUGUACUCCAGGCACUACCUGCAGACGCUCUGGGGCAGAGAAGAGCUCCAGAACAGGGUAAGAGGAAGUUCCCAGAGGGAGGAAAGCCCUCCAGUAAUGGACUGGAACAGAAGAGAGUUGGCUAGUGACCUGGGUGAGGUUUGUAAAGAGGCCGCAUUAGCAAAAAGCCCCUAACCAACACGCAGAGCUGAAGGAAGAGUUGGAGCAAGCAGCACCUCACAUCUCAAGGGCAGAGUUUCUCCUGGAGAAGACAGUCAGCAGAUGCUUGUUGAAUGAAUGAACCUCUGUAGAAAAUGAAACCUUGAAAACAAGCUCUUUCCUUGAGAGAGAAGUAAUGCAAACCUGCACAUCUGUGUGAGAGCAAACCUACCUUUGCAGCUAAGAUCUUUUUCCUGUGUUCACACUUCAGAGAAAGAAGACGCAGCCGAUAGCAUCGAGGAGGAAGGAAAUGGUGCAUUGUGCCAAGCCUGUGCACAUGUAAUAUUAUGCAAGUUAUUUUUUUUAAUAGAGCAGCUCCCAAAAGUUUUCCACAGAUGGAUUGUCUUGCUUUCCUUUUGGUUAUUCUUCAAGCAUACAAAGCUCUAUGUGAAGAGACAUUUUGGGACACAACUGUCAGGCUGGCUGAGAGUAUGACUCUAGAGUGUGUGUAUCCCCUCAUGGACGAAGUAACGCAGGCAGAGUGGUUCAAGACCGUGGGCGAGCAGAAACAGUCCAUGGCCAUAUUCAACCCCGACCAUGGGGUGGCAAUAAGGAAACCCUAUGAAAAUAAGGUUCACUUUUUAAAUUCAACAAAGGCUCGCAAGGACGUGACCCUUUCCUUUCAUAAUGCCUCCGACACUGAUGUGGGCUCCUAUUCCUGCUUGAUCCAUACUUUUCCUUCUGGACCCUGGGAAAAGACGGUACAGGUGGUUCAGACAGACAGUUUUGAGAUACAGCUGAGGAAACAUAGCCACAUGGUCGUAAGCCCUGGAAAUGUCAAACUCAGCUUUAAGCUUCACAUGAACUGGUCAGCACAACAAAUCACGUGGGAGAAGAUCCAGCCACACCAGAUAGACCUCUUGACGCACUGCAAUCUGUCCAGAGGGAAAAGUUUCUCCAAGUACAGGAAACAAAUGUUGACCAACUGUACGCAGGGCAUCAGAAGCAGCUUCAUCAUCAUUCCCAACGCCACUGCCUCCGACUCUGGGCUUUACCGCUGCUGCUUUAUCUCCAGCACUGGACAAAAUGAAACUUUCCUGAUAAGACUGACCAUUACUGAUGGUGAAACUCAUAACCAAUACAUCAUUGCUGCAGUGCUUUUAUUCUUGUUUGUUAUACUAAUUGUCACCAUCGUCAUUUAUUAUAACAAAAGGAGAAGGAGAAAGAAAAAUGUUCCAGCUAAAAAUUCCUCAGAUACACAGAGUAAGGUAGGCAACAACUACAGGAGACCCAUCUCAACCCAUCAACCUGUAGGUGAUGCCAAUGAAGACAUUUACGUCAACUACCCAAGCUUUGCUAGAAGACCCAAACCUAGAUUUUGAACUUUUCCCUUAACCUGAGCAAAUUAAUAUUAGUACAUGGGCCUUACAAAGUUUCUUCCUUCCACCCAGUAUCUACCUUGAUACCAGUUGAUUGAAUUUGUUUCAUUUGACAGGAAAAUGCUCCAUUAUGUAGAGUACAUUCUUAAAAGGAAUGUUUCAGAAAACUUGAAUUUAGCUUUUAUGUAAAAGAAAACUUAACUGACUCAUAUAACAGAAAGUCCAGGGAGAUCAAGCUUCAGGCAAGGGGUUACUUAUCAGACCUUCAGUGUCAUGUCUGGAAUAAAAUAUGGGCAAAAAUUGAUUUUUGGGUCCCUUCCCAAAGGGUGGAUCUACUUCCCUGGUGUGGCCUAACUAACUCUGAUGGAGGCUUUCUUGUGCUUCUCAGAUGGCUACCAAUGAUUGCAAUUUGUACAUCUUUGUUCUAUGUUUGGUAGAGGGUUUGCUUGUACUAGCCAAUGUAUUGGUUAUUUGCCUAUCACUAAGUAGGGAUCUUGACCACAUUAGAUGAGAUGGCUGACCAUGAUCAGCUGGGACCAAAGGACACAUAGGCUAAUUCAUGUAUGUUAAAUGAAGGAACACGAUCUGGAAACUGGUGAUUACCAACAAAUGUUAACCACAAUAAUUAUACAUGAUUAUCUCUUGCUAAUCAACUGAAAAGUGAAUACAAAUGGAACAAGAUUAGUUCGUCUCUCUCUUUUAGUAUCUGCUCUAUCAGCAUAGUCCAGAAUACCUGGCAGCAGAAUAAAUAAAUAGUCAAAGGGAAGGUAAAAGUGACAGGCUUAUCUCUUCCCUUUCUAAUUUCAAAUAAAUUUAUCACUGAUUCUACAGAGAAUUUUGCCACCAUCACAGACCUACUAAGAUGAUGGUCUUAUCAUAAAUAGCUUAAUGUUUUUGCCAUUGCUUUUUUCUUCCUCUCUACUUUUAAGAAUUAUUUUUAAUAUAUAAAUUUUUCUCGAAACAGAUACCUAGGCAUUAAGCUUUAAAAAAUAAUUAUGUGAAUCUUGAAUACAUGAAAAAAGAAUUAUAGUUGGAAAUGGUGGUUUAGGGCAUUAGGGUGGAAACUUGCAAAGGGGAGAAUAUGGAGAAGGCAUAAGCAAGGAGAAAAAGGAAUCAAAGGAUAAAAGAUGCAAAAGAAACUCUCCUUCACAAUUUGGACAAGGCAACACUUCUGACAUGGGGACAGCCUAAAUAAUUAGAGGGUAUACCUGAUAUUGUCUAAAUUCUAAAUAUAUGCAAACAAUGAAAAGCAUUUGUGAAAUGAAAUAAAGCCAUCAUGGUCACCUUGAAAGCACAAUGAUCAUUAUAAAGUAAAGUGAACAUUCAUAUUUCAAAGAUUUAUUACUUAACUCGAAGAUCUCUAAAAGAUAUCAUAUUUAAAAAAACUUGUUUUGAAAAGACUUCAUUUAAGUAUCUGUUGCACACUCCACAAUGACAUUAAGUAAAACAAAUCCAAUUUCUCACCUUGUCUAUAUGAAUACUAUGUUGUGAUUUAUGGUUUUAAGCUACUUGAUGCUUAUUUUGAUUUUAGUUUUAAGUACUAUGAACACCAAAUUGUACAAUUAUAGAAAUGCAAAAGGCAAAAUAAUGUAAAAUGACCAGUUUUAGUUGCAUACUUACAUGUAUGCAAGAAGAGUUAACUUUCAAUUUUACUACAUUUGCUUAAAGAACUUCAUGUAUAGAUUCAUGAAGUGUUACACACUUGCGUAACAAAGUUAAAAGAUUUUGACAACAAUCUUCUGUCACAUCAAGCAAAGACUCUAUGGCCUAAUUAAUCAAUUUGCAUUGCAAAGUAAAUAUGUUUAUUUAUAAAGUACAUUAUUUUGUUUUCUUAAAAAGUUAUAGGAAUCAAAAUAUCACUUUCUGGAAGAUUCUGAUAAUCAGUUUCUCAAUGAUUAAUGUAAGUGAGAAGGGAAGCAUUUCUACAGUUGCAGCAUGCAACUGGAGACCAUACUCAUGAGUGAAAUAAAUCAGACCCAAAUGGGUAAACAUUGUAUCAUCUCACUAAUUUGAGAAACUGCAUGAGUAAAUGAGAUCCAGAAUGUACAGUAGAUAUUGUGAAUUGGGAAGAAACUGUUCAAAAGAAGAGACGAACUAAUGGGGAAAGAGGAAAGGAAG